AGCAAGAAGGUGGAUCUUGAGAAUGUGUAUGGGCCGAUGAUCGGGAAGCUGGGAUACAAGAAGGUGAAAUGGGCUGUGGCGAAUAAGGUGGAUUCCAAGCAUGGUGAAGUUUUCUUGACGGCUUUGCUUCAGAAACCUGUUGCAAGAUGAUGAACAAGGACCGUUUUACGAGGACCCUGAUUGGAGCCGGUGAAGAGAGAGAGGGUGUGUAUUACUUCACGGGUGUCACAGUUGCACGGUCUAACCGAGCUGGAAAGGAAAAAGCUUCUUCUUCAGAACUUUGGCAUCGUCGACUAGGACAUCCUUCUCACAAUGUGUUAUCUACCUUACCUACUAUAGACAAUGUUGCUUUGGAUUUUAAUCACACCAAGUCGUGUGAUGUUUGUUUUCUUUCUAAACAGACACGUGAAGUUUUUCAUGAGAGUAUUAAUAAAGCUAUUGAACCGUUUGCACUAGUUCAUUGUGAUGUGUGGGGUCCCUACCGUACUCCAUCCUCUUGUGGAGCAGUUUAUUUUCUCACCAUUGUUGACGAUUACUCUCGAGCUGUCUGGUUACAUCUUAUGCUCGAAAAAUCAGAAGUUCCUAUACUACUACAAAAUUUUUGCGCAAUGGCAGUUCGUCAAUUUGGAUUUCCCGUCAAAACCGUCCGUACGGACAAUGGAACUGAGUUUUUGAAACUCAAACCAUUCCUUCGUAAAGAAGGUAUCUUGCAUCAGACUUUGUCCGUAGACACACCACAGCAAAACGCACGAGUCGAACGGAAACAUCGCCAUAUUCUUAACGUGGCUCGUGCUUGCCUCUUUCAAGCCAACCUCCCGGUCACAUUUUGGGGACAGAGUAUACUAACAGCCGCUCAUCUAAUCAAUCGAACACCAUCAAGAAUAUUAGGAGGAAAAUCCCCGUAUGAGAUGCUACAUGGCUCUGCUCCAAGAUAUGACGCUCUUAGGGUCUUUGGAUGCCUAUGCUUCGCACAAAAGCGCCCUAAAAAUCAUGACAAGUUUGCUCCUAGAAGUCGUAGAUGCUUAUUCGUUGGCUAUCCUCACGGAAAGAAAGCUUGGAAUGUCUAUGACAUAGAGAAUAAUGAGUUCUUUACCAGUCGCGAUGUUGUAUUUUUCGAAGAUCAGUUCCCGGGACCACAUAAACAUCAAUCACCAAAAUCUCUUCCAUCACCAUUGUCAGUACCAGUUGAUAUUAGCUCGCCUGAUGAUUGGUCUCUACCUCCUACAGUCUCAGAAACAGCUCAGCCUGACUUACCCACACCGAGCAACAACCCAAUAAUAGACGCAGCUCAGCCUGCUUUACCUCUACCUACUUCUCCUACUGAAACAACUUCUACUGAUUCUACUGUCCAAACACUUACUCCCGAACCCCUAACAACUGAUCCUACUCCUUCCACCUCUACCGAAAUACCAACAUCCCCGACAUCUGAUCAAACCGAGAGCCCUAUCAAUCCCUCACCGUCAUCUCCUACAUCUGAUCAAACUGCGAGCACCAAUGAACCUCCUUCACCUGGUCUCCCUGAGCUCUUGGGGCGUGGUCAUCGCCAACGUCAGCCUUCAGUUCUGUUAAAGAACUAUGUCACCAAUGCGGCUCAGAAAAAUAUACACACUCCUCUAUCUCCUCCCGACUCUUCUCUUGGUUCCUCUACUUCGGUCUCAGGUAACACACUUUAUCCCAUCUCAAACUACAUCGCUGAUGAUGCAUAUUCUCCUGGCCACAAAGCUUUUCUUGCAGCUAUUACUACUACUGCUGAUCCCAAGAACUAUGCUGAGGCCGUACAGGAUGAGAUAUGGCGCGAUUCCAUGGUUACGGAGCAUGAUGCUCAUGUCGAGAAUGGGACCUGGGAUGUCACUACACUUCCUCCAGGAAAGAAACUAAUUGGCAGCUCAUGGCUCUACAAAACAAAAUACCUCUCCAAUGGCAAGAUACUUUGUCGCAAGUCUCGUCUAGUCGCACACGGCAAUCGUCAAAGAGAAGGUCUUGAUUACACAGACACCUUCGCACCCGUUGCCAAACCAUCUACCAUUCGUGUUCUUCUCGAAACAGCUGCAGCUAAACAAUGGGAGGUACAUCAAAUGGAUGUUUCUAAUGCCUUUUUACAUGGCGAUUUGCAAGAAGAAGUCUACAUGAAACUUCCUCAAGGAUUUCAAGGUUCUGAUCCUACCAAGGUUGCUCGCCUACGGAAAUCUAUCUACGGUCUUAAACAAUCUCCUCGUUGCUGGUUCUCUAAACUCAGUGAUGCAUUGAAAGAAUAUGGCUUCAUCCAAAGUAAACCGGAUUACUCUCACUUUUCUUACAUCCGGGGUAAAGUCAGCCUUCACAUUCUCAUCUAUGUAGACGAUUUUAUUAUCGCUUGCAAUGAUCUUUCUACUCUUCAGAAAUUCAAGAAUUAUCUGUGUACGUGCUUCAAGAUGAAGGACAUGGGCAAAUUAAAAUACUUUCUAGGCAUUGAGGUUGCUCGCAACAAAGAAGGUUUUUUCAUCUCUCAACGAAAAUACGCUCUUGACAUCGUUGCUGAGGCUGGCCUUCUCGCGUGUAAACCAUCUGCAGUUCCCAUUGAACUCAAUCACAAGCUUGCUCUGUCAAAGAGUGAACUCAUUGCAGACCCAGCGCCAUAUAGACGUCUUGUGGGCAGAUUGAUCUACCUCACGUUCACACGACCAGAACUAUGCUAUGCCGUUCAUAUUCUGUCCCAGUUCAUGAAAGCACCACAGCAAGAUCAUUGGGACGCAGCUCAACGCGUUAUACGUUACCUUAAGGGUUGUCCAUCUCAAGGAGUCAUGCUGCGAUCCGACUCCAGCUUGCGUGUUACUGCAUUCUGUGAUGCUGAUUGGAGCUCGUGUCCUCUGACUCGUCGCUCCUUAAGCUCAUAUAUUGUUCUGUUGGGUUCAUCACCGGUGUCGUGGAAGACAAAGAAACAGAACACGGUCUCUGCAUCAUCUGCAGAAGCUGAGUACCGCGCGAUGGCCUAUACAUUACGUGAGUUAAAAUGGAUCAAACGGAUCCUCACCUCGUUUGGUGUCCAACACAACGAACCUAUGAAGCUGUUUUGUGAUAGUCAAUCUGCUAUUUACAUUGCCAAAAAUCCUGUGUUUCACGAGCGUACGAAACACAUAGAAAAUGAUUGUCAUCAAGUUCGGGAUGCUGUUCAAAACAAGCUUAUUACGAUGGAGCACAUAUCUACGAAAGAGCAACCAGCCGAUCUACUCACUAAAUCACUCCCGUCUACUACGUUCAACUAUCUACUGUCCAAGUUGGGGAUUCAAGAAGUUUCAUCGCCCACUUGAGGGGGGGUAUAGAGAUAAGGAAGACACUUAGCGAUAAUGUUAAACUUCCAUAUUGUGUUAAUGUUAAACUUCCAUAUCUUCACGGUAGAAGGAAACAAUACGAUGUAUAUAUAUGUUGCUAUGAAUGUCAAUACAAGACACGCUUUCAUAU